AUGAAAAUUUCAGUUCAAAUCAACCCUCCAUCUAUCCUCUGUAGCUCCAUCAUGUUCGCAGCUAGAAAGACCAAUCUUGCGGCUGUUGCUCGUACUUUUGCCCGUGGAAAGAAGAUCCAGAACAAAAAACAGGGUGUCAACAACGCUUCGACUCAAAAAGUGGUCAACCAGUUGUCUGCGCUUUCAGCCACCAAGAAACAACCCAAAUUGCUUAAGCUUUGCCCAGAGGACUUGAUCAAGCACAAAACCAUCACAAAUGCAUGGAAUGUUUUCCAAAGAAAACAGAGAACCAAGGAAGCAGAGAUCUUGGCCAAGCAGUAUGAGAGUAUAAAGGAUGCCAUGACCGAGUUGAAAGAGCUUAGUCCCGAGCUUUUUGAGGCUGCGCUGAAAAAGGAGCGUAAGUUCUUCCCUCUAGAAUACCGUGUUCCUGUUGACUAUCCACCUAGAAAUCCAUGGAAUUACCAGGUUAAGAAGUUGUAA